AUGGCACACUCGGGUGGAAAAAUUCUGGAGGGGCUUCUGCGUGCCGUAGCAGCCGCAGGAGUAGAAGGUAUCUCUAUUGCGAAUCUCUUUAGUCUCCUUGACAGGGAUUUCAGCAGCGAAAGCUAUGACAAAAGCCUUCUCUGGCAAAAUGUCCUUGAUUCUAAUAAGGUUGCUUUUGUCGAUGAGGAUGGAUCAAAAGCUUCAACAGAGCUGCAUGACAUUCUAGACGUGGGUCUAGGAGGGAACAAGAUAAAGGCUUUUAUUUCUCACGUUGCACGCUCCGCUCAGGCCACCCUCUUGUUGCCCGUUGGUCCUGUUGGUGGAGAGGAAAGUGCAAAACCUGAUCCGACUCUCUACCAUGGCUCUUGUGCCACAAAUGUAGAUUUGCUCCCGUCGACUUCCGUCUCAGACACCCAAUCCCAACACGGGGACAAGUACGUGGAACCACUUACUUCGUUGAAAGAUCCUCCAUCAAUGCCCAGGAAGAAGAGAGGUCGGCCGCCGAAGAAGAGAGCGGCAGAAUUCGUAAGCUCUUCAAGUGUUGCUUUCCCAGAAACGCGUAAACCUACAGCGCAUGGCCCUGGCAACGAAAGGGCCGAUCAAACCACGGCUAUUAGCAUCGAUGGCGCAUAUCUCGUCAGCGCUUCCCAUGGAGACGAUAAGCGUCAAGAGAGUGAUUGUCACCCACAGCGCUCCAAAGCCUCUAGAACUGGAGUAAUCGCUGACCAAACUCCAUGGAUCUCAGAGGAAGCGCAUCAACCGCAUCCCUUACCCAGCGUGUCUUUACUUGGCGGGAUGCAAUCCAAAGAUGGAGGCUCUGAAUCUGAAACCCUAAUUGUUCGGUUUCGAUCUAGCAAAUUUCAGAACCCACUAUGGCUGGAAGAGAAUGUAGGAAGUUGGCACGCGGCUUACGCGGAUAUUUUGACUGCUGCUGUUAUCAAAAAGCAGGAUCAAUCGAUCGCUAGAAGAGCGAGGGGGAUAUCCAAGAGCGGCCAGAUCCAUUCACGGGUUCUUCCAUUGGCUCAAGAUGUGGCAGAGUUGCCGCCCGGUUUGUGUUCUCGCAGCAGAUCAUUUCCAUUAGCGGUAGAAAUGGGUGCAAGUCAGGACAUUGUCGCAUUCGCAACCGACCACUUCACAUCAGCACCCAACACUCGACAUGUGAAUGCCAAUUUAGUAUCUCUCGAACCCGCGACAGCCCUCGGCACGGAGCAAGGACAAGCUGACGGUUUCACUAAGCAUGGUGCUCACUUAACAGCAGUUACACUGCUCGAAGGUCGUCGGGACUUGAAGUCAGGCAUACAGUAUGAUGCAUUGACUACGAAUCUUUUGAAUGGCAAUCAGGACUUGCCGCCGACCAAGUCUUCACUAAUUUCAGCCUCAAGAAUCCCCGAAUAUUCAUCGCAGCAGGCUAGCCCGUACACAGUCGUCGCGUCUUCAUCCGAGCAUAAGAACCCGCACGAUAUGGUUGCGCGUCCAGCGACUGGCUAUAUAAUCCAGCCAUCUACAACUAUGAAAUCAGCUGUACUGCAAGGGAAUUUCUACAAAUCGACGUCGCAGUCCCCAAAGCCGCAACGCAAUUCUCCAUGUGGCCCUCUUUCAAGCAUAUCUAACUCCUUAAGUCAAGGAGUCACGAGCCCAAGUCACUACAAGUCACCAUACACAUCUGUCGGCUUGAGUCACCAAGUCAAACCCCCAUUUGAAGAAGUGACUGGAGCUUCUCAUGACAUGAUUCAAAAGCACAAAGCUAGAAACUUCAUACUUCCUCCCAACGGCAGACCUAACGUGACUGGGAAAGUAGUUUCAAGCACGGAACAACAAAAUCUUCUUACAGGGGUAACUGGAGAGCAGUCAUAUGAUGGCUCAAGCGUGUCAUAUCAAACUCUGGGUUUAGAAACCAUGCAAAAUGCAAAGCAACAGUCCAACGCAGACCUUCCUAACCUGUGCGAUCUAGAUGUCAUAUCGAAUGACUCAACCAGGAAUCCCGAGUCCGCUUACGUAGCACCAUCUGCAAAUGUCGGAUAUUUCGUCAGAGGUAUUCGAGAUGCUACAGGCCUUCUAAAAGCCAAUAGCCAGUCACCUGCCCAGCACGACUCUGACACCCCAAUCAGCAAAGAACAGCGAGAAGUAUCGAGAAGUGCAGCAGUGAGUCAGGUGUAUGAGCAAAGUGAAGCCGCGAAUCGGGAUGCUGCAAUAGCUCAUGCUCAGUCACAUUCACUACUACCUUCUCACCUCCAGCGACUUACUUCGUAUUAUGAAAGCUCGGUUGGUAAUCUUGUCUUGUCACUCGAUAACACCAUAGUAGAAUUUUUUGGGCUCACACAACGACCCCCGGAGCUCCCCUUAUUUGAAUCACAUGUUAGUGAAAUUGCGGACUAUCCAACAAUCUCUGCUAGAAAUUCUUAUCCACUGCAUCUUUUCAUUAAGAAGAAACAAGACUUCAAAAUCUGCACCCAUCAUUUUCAAUACGCUUCUACUGCAGAAGGCUCAGAGACCGCUGCAGUCAUGCGACAGAAGCUGAUUACGGCAAUGAUCGUACAAAAUCUUCGAGAUACCACAGCCGCGUCUGAGCUUGAGGACGUUGACCAGCGGAUCUCGAAGCCAUGGCCUUGCAAGAAAUGUGGCAGGCGGUUCAAGAAUGAUAUCGGGCUAAAAUAUCACUUGACAGUAGCAAAAGGAGCAUGUAAUCCCAAUUGGAGCCCUCCCCUAGGAGACGUACGGAAGACACCUCGGCCACGCAAAGUGUCAACCCGUCCCAAGGAGGGUGCCCCGAAAAGGAACAGCCCAAAAGAUUCCCCGCGGUUAUCUAGGGCAGCUAGAACAUUACGGAAACCAUCACGUAUAGAGCCUAGCGAGAAUGAAUGUCUUUCGAGCGAGGACUCUGUCUUUGAAUGGGCCGAACGUACUGCGGCACAAACUGCAGUACCCUCAAACACGUACAGAUGGUAUAAAAACCUGCCAAAAGAGGUUUUGUUGUUAGAAGAGCUAGCGGUUGACAUCAAGAGUGCUGCUUCAAUACUAGGUGUUCGUGUGGAAGAUAGGCCGGUCCUGAAUCUAAGUACGCUCCUCGAAAUUCAAGAGCGCAUACUUGAGCUUGUUCGGGGUAACGGGGGAUUGUUUCCGGGAGAGAAAGGCCUUUGGAUUGCGAUGGUCAGUCUUUGGUUGAAAAGCCGAGGCCCUUUGACAGAGCCGCUGGAAAAUCUUCCCGAAUCGAAGUUUUGUAAACAGGCUCUUGACCAGUUGGUCGAUUGCGGUAGACUUCUCCGCUCAACAUUCGAGUUCAAAGACAACGGGAAGUCGAAAAGAACAGUGUCUCGCAGCUUUGUGCACGAACCUGGCUUUGAUCUUACGUCCCCCUUGGUAGGCUCUUUCAAAACAUAUACAGUGGAGGCUUUGCCAGACCUUUAUGUGCCCUCCCAAUUUACUCUGCCUCCCGACGUUAUGAACAAACUUCAGACCAAUGCCCGUGGUAUUAGUGUGGUAGAUAAAGAUACCGAUGUCUCAGUAUCAGAAUCAGCCUCAGAAUAUGAUUCAUCAGGAGGCCCCAGGUCUACUAUUGGGGAUCAGUACGUGACCAGCAAAAGAAGAUCGACUGCUCAAAAAACCCCGAGGGUCUCCGCGGUCGGCGAUCUGCAGACGAUACCAAAUCGUGUGCCAUACAAUAGACGCCCAAGAAGCGCAUCUUUCAAGGCGGCUGCAGCGGCAAUACUAAAAGCAAGGUGGGAUUCCGCUCGCGCCCAAGGGCUCAAUUCUCUUCACCCCGAUCGAGGGCCAGAUUUUAAACCGAAGCGCAUUAGAAAUGCACCAACAAGGAAGAUAGGAUUCGAAAACGGGUAUAGACCACGAAAGCCAACGCAGCUACCUGCAAGUCGAGAAGCUCCGGACCUCUCAAUCAUGAAUGCCCUUGAUCCAGUUAAAACUGUAUGGCCCUGGGCCACACAGAUAGAAUCCAGUGAUAGGCCCCCAAUGCUUGCUAGCAAUCUGAAGGAUACAGGGAUAAUAAGGCUGCCUGAGCCUCUGACUAUUCUCCAGGCAAUCGAUGGGACUUGGUCGGCAAAGCCCCCCGGCCACGGCGCCGGUUUCGUCCCCUCCAGCCUGGAAAUAGAUAGCCACAUCGGCGGAAGAAGACUACGCCCUGCCACUUCCACGAACCAGACGGGCGGAAAUCAUUUACCCUUUGGGUCCUCGAACAAACAGCAAGAAAACGACCCAGCGUAUCCAAAACGAAUCCUUCGUCCUCAGUCAUCGGCCAUAAGCUCGCCUCUAAACCCAAUGAUCAACAGCAGCAAUAUAUCAUACCAUCCAGAGGCAAGCGAGCAGCUUGCGUGGACCCACAAGCGAAAGAAAAUUCGAAGUGAACCCGAAGAACCUGCCUCGAUUAAAACAGACGUUAACUUUCUGGGCAAUCCCCUCCUGGGCACGAAAUCGCUGCAGCCAAAUACAUUUCCGGCAAGGAAAUUGCAAGCUACCGGCUCCGUAAAGGAACGGGCGGAUUUGAAAGCUGAGAAUCCAGGUCUUAGGUCUUUACCCCCGUGGUUUGGUCUAGGAUUCUCGGUACCAUUAAAUGACACUGUAAUAUCCGACUGCCCAUCUAGGUAUGAUUCAGUUCAAUUUUCGGCAUCACGCAAGACAACAGGAAGUAGCCACCUUGAUGAAUGCUCUUGGGAAUUCGAUGGGUGGUCAAUCCCGUGCGGGAGGAAUUUUAAUGUCAAAUGGAGCAAGAAGCACAACUGGACUAUGGAAACUAUUCCCUAUGAGGAAUUGAUAGAUUGCGAUGAAAUAAUCGAAGACUCGCUGAGUCCUCGUCACAAAGGUGGUUCACAGAAUGAAAAUCCGCUUCGGUCGAAGACACACGCGUGUUCUACCGAAAUGAAAUUCUCGAUGAAACGAGUGCAAACAGCUGCUCCGGAAGACUUUGAUGGCAUCCUGGAUCGUUCUGGUGAAGCGAGUUCACGGUUCGUUGUCGAGGUUACACGGAAUCGCCUGGGCCCAGCAGGAUCCAAUACUGCACACGUCCUAGCGCGAAUGAAUCAUGAUUUUGAACGACGAUUCAGUGCCACCUGCAUCGCUGUACUCGUUUUAGCUGGAGGCCUGGAGAGUGAAAUCGACUUUUUGUUAGUAAACAGAAUCUUUCCUGAGUUCGAUGUCGCUUUUCUUCGGAAACGUUGGGAAAAUCUGCAAGCAACAAACAGUGCAGCGAUAAGCUCGAUGAUACAAGAAUUUCAAUGUCUCUUCUCUGCAGCCUACGAGGCCGGCGAGAUUCCAAUCAUAAAUUACAACUGCCUUCUUGAUUAUGAUUGGGAUGCCUUGGUCAUGUGGAUGAUGGAGAAAUUAAACUUAAACUUGACAAAAAAGCUAGUGGAUUUUCCUAGCAAGAGGGCGCUGAUCCAUGAUAACUUCCAAUUGACAGAAGGAUAUCCCGACAAGACAGAAAAGCAGAAGGAUAUGUUAUUCGACAGAAGACUGACCGAUUCCCACCGUUGGGCUUGUUUGGCAACCGGAGCUAAAUCGCUGACAGUACCACAAAUAGGAGUUGGUACAACAUUUGACAUCAAUGAGCUCAGCAUUGCUAGAACCUGGGUCAGAGCAACAGCUCUAACACCACACGCGGACUGGGACCAGUCGUUUGCAGCAGCAAAGUUAGGGACUCUCUCACUUGAGCUAGUUGAACAAGCAUGUGAAUCCCUUGUCGAGGAAAGGAUCCUCGUGCAUCGUGCUAAAGGUAGAUCGAUACCAGGUCGCGCUUACGCUUGUACCGAUUUCUUCAAGAGCAAGUUCGACCGGCCGAUUCCCCUCAAACGAUUUGUGGAUGCAUGGAAUUAUAAGCAACAACUCGAUCUUAUGCUCUCACAAAACAGCAAACCCAUCCAAGUCCCUAAGAAUGCUAGCGAUGGAAUGAUGAUGUGUAUCACCAGCUUGCAGGCAUCCAGUCAACUCCGAACCUUACCACUUGAUCAAACAGUCGAUGAGACGUUCGGCGCUGAUAGUGGCAACGAUGUAGUCAAAUCGUCGAGGAGUGCUCACUUUGAUGUGGAUCUAUAUCCAACCCCGUUUUAUUCAUUCAACACGGCUGAUCCACUUCUAACAAAGCUCAAACUUUCAUCGCCACCUCUUACUUAUAAAGGAAGUGCUCUCCCGGCGUGGACUAGCAUUACUGGAAGUCUCAACCCAGAAAUUUGGAGAAUGGCUGUUAAUGUUGUGAGUCAAACUGUGGCUCAGCGGGCAGGAAUUACUACCGAGUGCAUCACAGCCGCUUUGAAUCCUGUUCUCGAACGAUGGGAAAUUGUUCUAUUGAUGGAUUGGGGAGAAAAGGUUGGGCUGUUCGCAAGACUGGAUCCUGAUGUUGAGGGCUGGAACGUAGGACGCAGUUGGUGGCUCCUUUUAGGUUAUUUACAAGACUCGUUGUUGUAG